AUAUACACACGCCUAUAUAUAUAUUAUAUACCUCCGCAUAGUGUGGGAUGUGGAUCCAAUAUAGGUAUGCAUAUUCAGUCGAUAUUUGAGAAUGGCUCCUCGACUGCUUUUAGCUGUUGUCCUGUUGGGUAGAAAGGAGACAUUUUUUUUGCAUCGUGAUUGAGUUUGAUUUUUGUUAAGUUUGCACAUUUUGGAGUUGUGAGUUUAGAUGCGAUGAUUAUACGCGAUUGCGGUUAUUAAGUAGAUUUUGGAGUCCCUGGGCUGAGUUAUGUACUGGCGAGGCUGGCACUUUAGCUGAUUGUUUUACAUAUACAGAAGCUUUUUAAGGGAGCGACUCCGAAAAAAUUUGUACAAAGCAUCUUUUGGAGUUGUACAUAAGAAGGGAAAUGUACAGAGAUAAUUCCUAACCUCUCAACUCAUACUUUUUAAAAAAAGCUUUUGCUAAUUCUUAUAAGAAACCUGCUUGUUUAAUGAAAUAAAAAUGGAGGAACUCAAUUAUCUGUGUAGACUGUGUGCCACUAAGAUGGGUAUUCUCAUGGGAUUACCUAUCUUUGAAGGUGGAGAGCAAAUGAGAAAUAUCGAUAAAAAGAUAGCCGCUUGUUUACCUGUUCAGAUAUCAAUGUCUGACCAAUUACCAAAGGUAAUAUGCAAUGAGUGCGCUUUCAAAGUUGAUGAACUUUAUGAUUUUCGAGAAAAAGUUUUACAAACGGAAGGCAUGUUUAUGGAGAUGUUAAAAACCAUAAGCAAGCAAGAUGUAAGUCCUCUAGAUAGUGUAACUCUUAAAGAAAUUCAAGAAGGUAUAGGUAGACUUACCAAUAGUAUUCAUGAUAUGCAGAAUACGAAUAUCUCAAGGCAUGAUGUGCAAAAUGGCAUUCACGCGAUUCCUGUUAUAAACAACAUUGGUCUUCCCAAUAGAGAGCAAGUUGUCACUCAAGAAGAAAUGAAUCGAGAAGAGACUGAUAUAGAAGUUGCAGGUUUUCAUUUAGAUGGCGAAACUGUGAGAAUGGUCAAUGAACAAAUGAGAGAGGUAUGUAAACAAGAAAUGGCAAUGCAGCUUGAAGGUGAUAUGACAGUCGAGAACCUCACCGUUGCUGGUCAUCUCAGUCAGCUAGACAUUAAUUACGUCACCUCGAUGACGUCAGCUGCCGACCACCAGUCACAAAAGGAAGAACAAAUAAGUGUGCAUUAUUGUGAUGAGAUCAAGUUCGAUGGCAUUGCUGCUAAGAAUCUGCAAGACAGGCUGGUUGCAGAGUCUGUCAGUACAGCUAACAGCUUCCCUUCGUCCAGAGCCGAAAGCGAAAUUGACGAUGGCUGUAACGGCAACGACAACCCACUCAAUAAUGCCGAAAGUUCUGCUCAUUCGUUUUCCCUGCCUUCGACGAGUCACGUGGAUGUUGGAGAUAAUACUGAUGGUAUCAUGGUGCAGUACACAAAGAGCACAAAAAAUGCGCUUUUAGAGAGCGCUUUGAAUAAUCCUACAAUUGAUGAGACUGAAUCACACUGGUAUGUCUGUCCAUUUUGCAACGAAGCCGCCUCAGAACCAAACAAUCUCGCCUUGCACUUUAACCAGCACUUCUGCGUUUGCCUAAACUGCGAGAUGUACUUCACAAGUAUUGAAGUUCUUAAUUUACAUAGUCAAGAUUGCAUAGAGAGCAAAAACACGAUUGAUGAGAUGAAGGAUUCUGAAGAACCAAAGGAACAACGAAAACGCCAGGCUGCAACGGAAAAGAAGCAACCGGGAUCUUCAAGACCUAAGUGGACGCCCAAGAUCUGCACACACUGUGGAAAACAGUAUCGAACAAAUUAUAAGCUUCAGGAACACAUGCGAAAGCAUACUGGUGAAAAACCUUACCCAUGCAUGCUCUGUGAAAAAGCUUUCCGCAGCAAAAUUGGCCUGGCACAGCAUACAGCCACCCAUACUGGCCAGUUUGACUAUAACUGCUCGACAUGUGGAAAGGGCUUCAGCUGCAAGAGCUACCUCAUUGUUCACCAGCGCGUGCACUCCGACGUUAAACCUUAUUCUUGUAAAACUUGCGGACAGAACUUCAAGACCAAGCAGUCUUUGCAAGACCACGAGAACCGGCAUAUGGGCGUUAAGCCUUAUAAAUGUGAGAUAUGUGGCAGGAGCUUCAUUACGAAAGGACUGUGCAAAAGCCAUCAAAAGAUUCACUCAGGAAUGGAUAAUAGGCAAUAUCCAUGCGUUGUCUGCAACAAGAUGUUCGUAAGCAAGAGCUAUCUGAAUACACAUCUGAGGAUUCACACUGGCGAAAAACCCUAUUUAUGCGAGGUGUGUGGUAAAGGUUUUCUUACAAGGGUCGAUCUUAAAAUCCACUCCACAAUGCACACGGGCGAGAAGAGUUUUAAGUGUGAUCUUUGUGGAAAGGUGUUCGCUCGUCGAUCAGCUCUUCGUUGUCAUCGACGAUCACAUACUGGUGAAAGACCCUAUAGAUGCGAAAUAUGCGGAAAAACCUUUACGCAGUUCAGUCCAAUGGCGAUACACAAGAGGCUGCAUACAGGUGAGCGACCUUAUGAGUGCGACGUGUGCAAUAAAGCCUUCGUCUCGAGGUCGACAAUGAUGUGCCACAGAAAGAAACAUAGUGCAGCUGAUCUAUCAGCGGCGCAACAGAAGGCGCAGAAAGAGGAAGUACAGCAAAAGGAGCCUGAGCUCACAGAAACGCAAGAAGCGAGCGUUGCUGCCUCUGUGGCAGCCGCAGAGUAAAUAGUGUGAGUUAAUUGUUGAAGCAAGUAAGAAUGUUGGAAGGAAGUCUUUUUUCAAAUGUGUUGAUUUUUUAAAUUAAAGCAUCAAAAAUUAUUUAAAUAAAAAAGUUUAGUUUUUUAAGAGAUUGCUAGAUAUAAUUACAAAUGUUGGUAAUUUGAUUUUCGUUUUAUUGUAUAUGAUUUUUAAUUUUUUUUUUAGUUAUUUAUACUGAGAGCUAUCUUUCAACAUACUUAAUUGCCAUUCUGCUUUUAAUACAUGUAUAUUUAAGGUAGGAUUUCCAAAUACUAUUUUUUUAAGAGAACGCAAAGCCCAAGAACACUUUGUUGAAAAAAGUGUGACUUGAUAUUUUUUGUAAAUUAUUGUUUCACUUCAUUGUUUUGAGAAGAGGUGGGUGAGAUGCAUUAAUAAUACGCUGUAGCGUAUAUUUUUUACUAAAAUGGAUAUUUAAACCGACUGAAAGUGCUGUAAUACACAAAAAAGGAAAGACAAACAAAGCAUUUAACUACUUUUGUACUUUGACAUUAAAAUGUAAAUAUAACAAAUCAUGAAAUAAAAUAUUGCAAAUCAUUAAAAAAUAAACAAAAUAACAAAACAAAUGUGCUGAGAUUUGCACUUAAUGUAUUUUGUACAUAGUAGCACUAGGUAAAGCACAGUUUUUUUUUUUCAUGUAAAAUAUUUCUUACAUAAAGUCGAAUGUUUUCGUCGUCGAAUACAUCACAUUGUAUAAUUUUGUUAAGCAACUAUUUUAUACAGUUAAUCUUGUAUGUAUUAAUACAUAUGCGAUCUCUUAUGUAUGAUUUUACUUUUAUUUCUAUGUAAUCGAUAUAUCGAUCGUCAUAAUAAAAAAACAUUCGUGAACUCAUAA